UUUAGCUUUCUAUCAUGACCUACUGCUAGUGAAACUAUUCAAGCUUGUACAGAUGCAGUUUAACAAUCUUACCUAAAUCAAAAGUUCAAUGUCACUGGUGCAAAUCUCAUAUAUGUUAAGUUUUGGGCAGCAUAAAAAUGUAAUAACUAGAUAAAUGUGUGCAAUGGCAGAUUGCAUGUGUGUGGUAUUUAUAAAAGGGAACAGAAAACCUGUGUGUGUGUUUCUCUGCAUCAGUGCCACAAUGAUUGAGAUAUAUUGGAACAGAGACAGGACGUUGAUUUCAUAAAGGUUGGUUCGCUUUUAGGUCUCGAUGAGAAACAGUUUAUGUGUUUGGGUAAACUUGAAUGUUUGGUUUUGAUAAUUCUACUAUAUCCCUAGUAGGUUUCCAAAGUACACUUGGUUUUCUGUUGCUUCUUUAAAAUUGUUUCUGUAUGUUCUCUAUACUUUUGAAUGUUAUUAAUGACUUCUGCAAGUGGAAAGCAGAUGUCAUGCUAGCCAGUCCUGACAAGAACAGUUUGUAUUUUAAAAAUAUGUGCAGCUUAGAGUACAUAGCUGAAAAGUGUGAUUAAGCAUGCAUUUGGAUUCAUCUGUUGCUAUAACCUAAUUAAAACUAUAUAGAUAGUAGCCAUUAGUGUUCCCUUUGCGUUCACAAGAUUUAAAAUUGAAUUUUGGGGAGAUACAAAUAAAUAGAAAGUGUAUGUCUUAAGAACCUGGCCCUAAAGAUUUCUUAUCACCAAAUUGGAUAGAUAAUUGUUGUUGGACAUAACACUGCCUAACAUUAACUUGGUAUUGGAGACUGAAAUAUCCAAGUGGAAUAUGUAAGAGUACCUUACUAGAUGUGCUGUGUUUACUGACUCUAUUUUACUUGGCUAUAUCUAGUGGUGUCUCUACCACUAGAACAGACACUGCUUGUGGACUGAACUUCUUACCCCACCACAACCCCUCCAAUCAGCUCUGGAGGGUUGGGGUACCCAUCAAUGCGGAUUUGGAGGCAUGUGGAAUACUAUAGAAGAGGAAGAAACAACAAUGCAGACGUCAGAGACUGGGUCGGACACAAGUUCGACAGUGACUUUACAGACUUCUGUAGCUGGCCAAGCAGCUGUGCCCACCCAGGUGGUACAACAGUUACCAGUGCAACAGCAGGUUCAGCAAGUUCAAAGUGUGCAACAGGUGCAGCAUGUAUACCCAGCCCAGGUGCAGUAUGUGGAGGGAAGUGACACAGUGUACACAAAUGGAGCUAUACGAACAACAACGUAUCCUUACACAGAAACUCAGAUGUACAGCCAAAACACUGGGGGGAAUUACUUUGAUACCCAAGGAAGUUCUGCACAGGUGACAACAGUGGUCUCUUCUCAUAGCAUGGUGGGCACUGGAGGCAUUCAGAUGGGUGUCACUGGAGGACAACUCAUCAGCAGCACGGGAGGUACCUACCUGAUUGGCAAUUCAAUGGAAAACUCUGGCCAUUCAGUGACUCACACAACACGAGCCUCCCCAGCUACAAUUGAAAUGGCGAUUGAGACACUGCAAAAGUCUGAUGGUCUGUCCACUCACAGAAGCUCUCUUCUCAACAGCCAUCUUCAGUGGCUUUUAGACAACUAUGAAACAGCAGAAGGAGUGAGUCUCCCCAGAAGUACUCUCUACAACCAUUACCUGAGACACUGUCAGGAGCAUAAAUUGGACCCAGUCAACGCUGCCUCCUUUGGAAAACUAAUAAGAUCAAUUUUCAUGGGCCUGCGGACCAGAAGAUUGGGAACCAGGGGGAACUCCAAAUAUCACUACUAUGGGAUUCGUGUCAAGCCAGACUCUCCUCUUAAUCGGCUACAAGAGGACAUGCAAUAUAUGGCUAUGAGGCAGCAACCCAUGCAGCAGAAACAAAGGUACAAGCCUAUGCAGAAAGUGGAUGGAGUCGCAGACAGUUUCACAACAAGUGGUCAGCAGACAGGCACAUCUGUUGAACAAACUGUAAUUGCCCAAAGUCAGCACCAUCAACAGUUUUUGGAUGCAUCUCGAGCACUUCCAGAGUUUGGAGAAGUUGAAAUAUCUUCUCUGCCAGAUGGUACUACUUUUGAGGAUAUCAAGUCAUUGCAGAGUCUCUAUCGAGAACACUGUGAGGCAAUAUUGGAUGUUGUAGUGAACCUUCAGUUUAGCCUAAUAGAAAAAUUGUGGCAGACUUUCUGGCGCUAUUCUCCCUCAACAACAACUGAUGGCACUACUAUUACUGAACCAAGCAAUCUGAGUGAAAUAGAAAGUCGACUUCCGAAAGCAAAGCUGAUUACUCUGUGCAAAAAUGAGUCAAUUCUGAAAUGGAUGUGUAACUGUGACCAUGUGAUGUACCAGGCUUUGGUGGAGAUUCUCAUUCCUGACGUCCUUAGACCUAUUCCUAGUGCCUUGACCCAAGCCAUUCGCAAUUUUGCAAAAAGCCUUGAAGGUUGGCUUUCCAAUGCCAUGAACAAUAUUCCACAGAGAAUGAUUCAAACCAAGGUUGCCGCUGUAAGUGCCUUUGCUCAGACUCUGCGAAGAUACACAUCUCUUAAUCAUCUGGCUCAGGCAGCUCGUGCUGUGCUGCAGAACACUUCUCAAAUCAACCAGAUGCUCAAUGACCUCAACCGUGUUGAUUUUGCCAAUGUCCAGGAGCAGGCUUCCUGGGUGUGCCAGUGUGACGACAACAUGGUACAGAGGUUGGAAACAGAUUUCAAGAUGACUCUUCAGCAGCAGAGCACUCUGGAGCAGUGGGCUGCCUGGCUUGAUAAUGUAAUGAUGCAAGCACUGAAACCAUAUGAAGGAAGACCUAGUUUUCCUAAAGCAGCACGACAAUUUCUGUUAAAGUGGUCUUUCUACAGCUCAAUGGUUAUUCGAGAUUUAACCUUGCGCAGUGCUGCUAGCUUUGGUUCUUUUCAUCUGAUCCGUCUACUGUAUGAUGAAUACAUGUUUUACUUAGUUGAACAUCGUGUUGCUCAAGCCACAGGAGAGACACCAAUUGCAGUCAUGGGAGAGUUUGGUGAUUUGAAUGCUGUAUCUCCUGGAAAUAUGGACAAAGAUGAAGGCAGUGAAGUUGAAAGUGAAAUAGAUGAAGAGCUGGAUGAAUCUGGGGAGCCACAAGCAAAAAGAGAGAAGACUGAAAUUAGCCAGGCCUUUCAGGUGGGCUGCCUGCAGCCAGUGCUCGAGAGUGGAGUGCAGCAGAACCUUCUGAACCCUCUUCACAAUGAGCAUAUUGUUACAGCUACUCAAACUAUCAGACAAUGCAGUGCUACUGGAAAUACAUAUACUGCAGUCUAACAAAUAUUAAAGCUCUUUUUUCCAGAUUAUAUUAGCCCUGUUGAUGUUGGGCUUAUCACGGGGGAGGGAAGGGAUGCAAAAAAGAAGUCUGAAAGUCAACUGUUGUCAAAUUUUAUCUGUGCUUGAACAUUACUUUUACUGGAGUUGUGAAAUGGAAUAGGGUGUAUGUAUUUUGCCAGGUCUCUUUUGGGAAAAAAAAUUGGUAAAUACAAUCAUUUUUCACUGGCCGCUUAAUAUAAAGAGUUUUCUUAGUUUCAAGAGUCAAGAAGCAUUUUUGCGAAGCUUAAUGUUAAUGUUUUUGUCCUCUUUAUAAUUAAAAGUAAUUUAAUUUUUUCAUAGUUUUUACAAAAUAUUUUAAUGUUAACUGUUAGUCAUGGUGAUUUCGUAUAAAUAGGGUUUUUAAUUAAUUGCACUCUGAAAUAUCAAGAAUUUUCCUCUUUGAUUUACACUGGAGGCAUGAUCAUUUGACAGCAGCUGCAUUAAAGUGGUGAUUAAAAGGCAGCUUUCAUUGGAGAGAACUGGAAGAUGCUAUUUUGAUAUAUUUCAGAGUGUUCAGGGGAUAUAUUGGAAAAUUUAUUAUAAUGCUAGAAAACAUAGACUGUCUUCUCAGAGGAAGAGCGAUUCUCACCGUUGCAGGAUAAACGAGAGCUUUGAUCGCAUGUGGGAAUGUGUACUUAAUAAAUAUACAGAUGACACCAUUAUAGACAAUGCAAGCUUCCUUUAAAGAAUCAUUUUUAUUUUUUUGCAUACCAGCUCCUCUUUUAAGACUACUGAUUUCAGGUAAAGUCUACCUAGACAACUGACUCUGUGCAAUCUCCAUUCAUUUUAAUAGAGUUUGCAUAAGCUUCACACAAAACCAUCUUUGGAUUCAAAGGAAGAGUCAAACCACAUUUAAAUGAGUGGAGGUUGUGUGACAGUAGCGCUUGGUGGAUUACACCUCAUAUACAUAUGGGACCACUACCCAGAUGCUUUCUGCUCUUCAGUGGGACUGCAGAAAUUAGAUACUGAAGUUUUUAAAAGCAUCUUAAUUUAAGUGUAUGUGCUACUUAUGCUGAACUGGACAUGCAGGAAACCACUCCUUUCAGAUGACUUUUUUAAUUCCAUGUCCUUUUCAUCGUGAUAGUUCAAUCUGCUGCUCUUGUUAAAGGUAGUUUAUAGGAUGCAAGGAAUGUAGCAACCUGCAUUGUAACUUUGCUCAAAAUAAUUCCUGGUUCUUAAGUGGAUUUCAUUUUAUACAGAAAUGUUUAAUAGGCAGUGAAACUGGCACAUGUCACUUGUACUUAUUUCCCAAUUGCGUAGAAUUUGAAUAGGUGGCUAGACGGACCAUUGCCAUUUAAGAAUGUACAUCAGGGAUCAUUGUACCUCGGCUAUUACAUGGUGCCUUAAACAGAACUGAAGCUAAGAUUUUCUUGUUAAUAACUCUUACAUUGAUUCAACAAAGUGUGCCUGUCUUCUUUCUUUCUCUCUCCCCCACACCCUUUCAAAUUCCCUAAACAGUAAGGGCAGGUUACAUAGUCUUCAGAAAUCAAGAUUUUUUUUAUUAGAUGUACUAUCCCUCAGAGUGACAGCCUAUUCCUUUCUUAUUUAUAGCUGAAUUUCACUUUAUUACUAAUCAGAUUUUCUUGGGAGGGGGAGUGGGUGAAAAACAAAACUAGCUUUAACAAUGUCAAAGUUCAACAAAAUAGGUUAGCCAAUUCCCAAACAAGAAUUUAUAUAUAUAUAUAUCUAUAUAUUUCUAAACCCUUAUUUGCUUUUAAUUUUAAAAGUAAAGUAAGCAAAUUUUUAAAGCAGCAUAUAGUUUCAAUUGUGCAUAUGGUGGGGGUCAGUCUGCUAUUUUAUUUAAUAGUUAAAUCAUAUUCUGUGUUUUUCCCUUUUCUUCUAUUUGAGCUGUUGUAAGUAUAAUGGAUUAAACAUUUAAUUGAUUUAAAAGAUACCUGAAUUUUCUUAGUUUGACCAAAACAAACCAAAAAUGAAGGAAAGCACAAAGAAAAUUUACAGACUUUAUAGCAAGGCCUCGGUAAAAUGUUAGGGGCCUUGUUUGUCAUUUGUCUUGAAAGAUGAUCUUUAAGGUUACAAUCACCAAAUUGCUUGAACAGCAGGUGGAAUUAUUGGUAUAUUUAUAGCACACAGAUUUGAUCAUAGAUUUUUCAUGUUUCAAGGAUUUCUAAAGAUUUAUUAAUUUGCUUUUAAUUUGAGCAUUUCUGCUUCUAAACUAAGCUUUAAGAAUUGCUUAGAGUUGCAAAAUUCAAAGCCCACUGGCAGUGUGGGCCCAGCUAGGUGUUAUGCCUAGUAAUUCCUGCCACAUCAUUUAACAUAUACUGAUAUAUUCCAUUAUGAUUCUGUUCACUGUUGCUUAAAUGUGUUAUUUUUCCCCUCAAAAUCCAUCACGUCUGCACCCCUCACCAAAUUUAAAAUCUAAAUAAAAGCAAACUAAGCUGUGAUAGUUAUUCCCUCUCAUUGUGCAUUAUGAAAUGUUUACACUUCAAUACAGUGAAAUUAAAUGUAAAAACAGAUAAACAUUUUUCAGCAUAGUUUUUUAAGGGUCUAGUAAGGUUGUUCUGUAUUAGAUGUGACUUAUUUACUGGUAUAAUCCUUUUCAGAUGGCAAAAUCAUAUGUUUUCUUAUCAUUGUCCUUUUCAUUUUUAAUGUUGGAUUUUGUUUGUAGAGAAAUGAGAAAGAUGCAAAUUUAGUUCUCUGAGAGAGACAGGGCUUGUAAAUCUCUGUGAAUCAACUCCCCUCCCCCCCAACAUUACCCUCCCUAAUUGAUCACUGUAUUCAGUGUGCCAAAAAGAUCAAGACAUGUAUCCUGAUACAAAGAGACAUUCUGGUCUGUAUUGGAACCAUGCAAAUAAGAUGGAUAUUGACAUCCAGAAAAUGAAUCAGAAUAAGUUAAUAACUUUGAUAAGUUGUUAAUAAAAAUAAAGUGGAAGAAUAGUAAUUUUCAUUAACUUAAAUAUGUACUGUACAUUAUUAUUACCUGAUUUAAUGCCAGCUGAUAAUUACUUCUGAAUGUUGGAUUUAUUGUGAGCCACCAGCAGGCCUUACAAAUCAUAUGGGCCCAAUGACCUGCAGUAUCUCUAGAGGCCCUUCAGUAUAAUCAGUAAGCCACGUCAGUUUAGGUAGCCUUCCAAUAUUUUACUACUUCUGCUGAUACACAUUUGUAAACAUUUUGACAGAUGUGUUGUAUAAGGGUUGGGAUCUAAAGACUCCCAUGCAUGCACCCAAGUUUUGUGUGUACAUAAAAGGGUUUCCCCAAAUCUAUGUUUCAUUUACCGGACCUUUGUACUUUGAAUGCUGCUGCAGUGGGUCCACAGGGAAGAGGUCUCAGAAUCUCUGGCAUACGCACAUGUGGUCCCCACGUAAUGCUUUGAAUCACGGAUAUGAUCUUAAACAAAAUAAGGUUAUAUGUGCAGCAUAAAAUACAGAUAUUAACUCCAUAGCUCUGAGAAUACAUCCAUAGGUGAGGUACUUUGGGGAGCAUUGCAGGAGAAUGAACUUGUAUGAUUUGUGUGCAAUUUGACUUUAACAGCUGGUUAAAGUAAUAAUGCAUUUUUAAAUGAAGACUUUUUGGCUCUUGAACAAGUAAUGCAGUGAUCAAUAUGGACAAUACAAUUUAAACUUCUUAUUCAGAACCAGGGCCCAGUUUUCAUAAACACUUCAGGAAUGCAAAAUAGUUGGUGCUGUCACUUUAAACUAACAAAUGUUUCUACUGUCUUGUCAGAAUUCUUUGUUUUGUGCUUAUUUUUGUAUUGUAACUUGGAAUAACAGCAUUGCUUUAGAUAGAGAUCAUCGUUUUAAAGUUACCAAUGUGCAAUGUUACCACAUUGGGUUCAGCAUGGGUGAUGAUAAUUAAAACAGUACUGAUGGUGCCGUCAUUCAGGAAUGUACAGAUCUACAUACAAUUUUUUAAAUUUAAAACGAGGUAUUUUAAAGCAUUGGAAACACUUUUCUCAAAUUAUUCUCAGUAGAACUUUGAAGGUCUUCAUAGCUUCCAUAACAUAAAUAGGCAAGAAAUAGAUUGAUUUGAUACUGACUACAACCUAAUUUCAUUUACAGAAUAGUUUUAUAAAAAUGUUACCUUAAGGAAAAAAAGGUUAAACAUGCAUAUAACACUAAUUGCAGAAUAUAUAACACUGAUUUGUGAGAGCAGUGCCAGUUGUGAAAAUUGGGCCCUUAUUCCUGCAUUACAGGUCAGUCUCUAUAUAUAUGGAAAGGGAAUUCUAGUACUGUUGCUAGGGUGUUUGUUUAGUGACUAAAGAAAACUGGAAUAGAAGCAUAAAUGCAGUGCUUAGUUCUAGUGUUAGAAAAUUAUUUUGAUGGUAAUACCUUGCAUUAACCCUUUGAGCAUUGUAAGUUAAUGUGAUUGGUACGUCUUUUUAAAGAUAAUUGUAAGUACACUGUGCCUGCCCUGAACAACAGCAGUCUGUUUUAAUGAAUACUACUUGUACACAGGCUUUUAAAGAAGCAAGGUCUAGGAGCUAUGAAGCUAAGAAGCCCUACGCGAAGACCACUGAAUGCCCUCCCUUAAAGUUCUUUAAAAAAAGAAAAGAGAUGAUUAACAUUUCUGUCAUUCAUAGUUUACAUAGAAAUUAAAAUAACUCAGUCCUGUCCAUUAUAGACAUUUUAACUAACUAAGAUCUAGCUUUGUUGUAAAUGUUUUUCUCUAGAAUAAAUACUUGAAUUUGAGGCAGACAUCUGAUUAUUAGGUUAUAUAUAUUUAGAAUAAAAAUUCACUGCCAUUUGUUUAUACUGCCUACAGAGACUAGUACUUCUAGUAUUUUAGGGAGCAGUUAUUUGAUCAAAGAAACCUGAAUUGUAAAUUACCUAAAAUGUAUUUACAAUUAGAAGUUUAAUAAGAACAUAUUUUUUUCAUAAUAACAGUCUUUAGAGUACUAUUAAAAUCUGUAAAUAGGAAUUGUUUUUCAAAGAUCUGAAUUUUAAAGAACCUUUGGAGUUAGAUUCUAUAGGCUAAAUCCAAUAUUGUUUGAGCAGAAGCCUACUCACACGACUGGAAUUUUUCCUCCCAUCCAUGUGCAGCCCCCCAGAUCUGCUCUGGAGCGACCCUCAGCCCUUUAGGUCAUAUCUGUGGGUGGGACCUGCAGAGAGGAAAGUGAAUUCAGUCUGUCAGUGGUGUCUGUUCUGCUGGCAGAAAGACAACAUUUGAUACAAUCCUAUGUACUACCAUUUUUGUUGACCAGGAAUGGGUAACUUGUGGCCCGCCAGCAUUUUCAGCCUACAACUCCCAUCAUUCUUUAUUAUUGCCUAGGCUGACUAGGGCUGAGGAAAAUUGUGGGUCCAAAAUAUCUGGUGGGCCAAAAGGUUGCACACCUCUGUUAUAGUCAUACACGGGGUACUACCAUGACAUCUAGUUAUCUUAUACGUGACCAUUUGUAGAGUCAGAGGUGUCUUUGAAUUUUCUACAUCAGUCACUAUACUGUUGAAGACUAGCCACACUUUGAAACUAAACAUUUUGCUUUUUCUAUGGCGUGAGCACGUGUGGUUCUUAUAGAAACCUCUGACUCUGCAUGUUGUUUUAACUCUAUGUAAUUUUGUUGAAUUGCAGCCUUAAUUCCCUACAAAAUUCCACCUCCAGGUUUGUUGCUGAAUGAAUUUCUAAGGAAUUCAGAAUUUAAGACAAUUUUCAUGUAAGUAUAGGGCACCAGUGAUAAAGUGGUAAGUUAAGUAAAAAAGAAAAGUAUAGUAGUAAAUGGCAAGCAAAUCCAUUCCCUUGAUCAGGUUCCAGAUCAGCCACAGCUCACUUAUCCAUGCACGUUGGCCUCCCCGAGGUUUGAUAAAUCUAGUAUCGUGCCCUGUUUCAAAUCACCUCAGUAGGGCCGUGGUUAAGCAUUUAGCAGAUCACAGUGGAUCACAACUUGAACAGGCCUGCUCUACAUAGUAGCUUGCACAAUUUUAGUCCAUUAAUUCCAAGUAGCAUAGUAAGCAGUGGAGGAUACUGGAUUGCUGAAAUACUAUAAUGGGGGGGGGAACCAAACCAAGCCCCUUUUCUUACUCAGAUAAGUUAUUCAAAUUGAUGUAUAGUUAAAAAUGCAAUACUCAAAGGGUUUUUGAAUUUAUUAUUCAUAAUAAUUUACUGUAAAUGCUUCUCAGUUUGCAUGCCUUGAUCAUUGCUGCUAGUGAUUUUAUGUGCCAGUAGAACUGAGUUUACGUUACCAAUUUUACUUAAGAGUUAAAAGCCACUUACAAAGUGACUGCCUAGGGUAUUUUGGCUGAAGUAACAUGCCUUGUUUUCAAAAUAAUUUGACUUCAGUUUUACUAGAUUUUUGUUCUCUUUUUUAGUUUCUUUUCUUUUUUUUUUUUUUUUAAGUAAGUUCUGUAGGGAUUGGAAGCCCUGAGUAAUACUUGGUAAGAAUUUCUCAGUUAAAUUGAUAGAAUAAAACAACAUACACAAGAAUACAUGGUUGAAUGCCAAACAUCACAUACCAUAAGCCUCGCUUCUGAUGCAAUCCACCAAGCCCUGGUGCUGAGCAGCCUCCCUUACAAACCACAUGGAAAAUAUGUAGCAGCACUGCUCUAAGGACAAUGCCUUUUGCACCUGUGCUCAUUUGAGGUCAGAGAAAUAAAUAUGAUUCAACAUCAGUGAGAACUGGAGGGGGCUGUAGUGAUAUCAUAUUCCAUGGGAGCUUAGUGUUACUUAAAACAGCAUAGUUCCAGGACUGGUGAGUGGCUCCUUUCCACCACUGAUCUGCUAGGCAAGGUAGCAUUAAACUUCUGCAGAAUUAGUGGAGACACCAUUUAUGGCAAGGUUAGAGAAAAUUUUCAAGUAUGAGUAUCAAUACUAUUUAAAUAGGGAUUAUUUUUAAAUCACAUUUUUAAAGUGAAAUGUGGCCUUGAAUAGUUGAUCUACAAUGCAGUAAAUAUAACUGUAAAGCAAGACAGAAAGUGUGUUGCAUAACGUUAACAUCUUGAGACUAAAACUCAAAUGUAUUUUGGAUUCGGAUGGAUCUUAUUGGGUCCAUUAGCUAUCUAUUAAAAUUCCCAGAUCUUUUUCUUACACAAGACAUAAUAUAUGAUCCCAGGUUGUUUGGGGGAUCAUGUUUAUUUCUAGACAUGAAAACAAAUUCGAAAUUCUAUUUAUAGUGUCAAUGUUUUCAACAUACAAUUAUCAAAAAUAAAAGUUUUAACCAAAGCAGAUUUCUCCCUUACACUUUAAUUUCCCAUUUUAUAGUGACUUUCAAUACUAGCUAAAUAAACUUUUGGGUGCCUUUAUAAAAAUUUGGGAAAUUCAUGCCUGCUUAAUGGAGUUGAUUUUAGUUCUUACUAAUCACUAACUUGACUAUCACUCAGGGCUUUCUUACCUUCGAUAAAUUGUGUUCAUAAGUUUUUUUGCUUUGUUUUCGUUAAGUGCCAUCAUUUAAAUUUCACUUGGUAAGUGGCAGAUCAUGCUUUUCAGUCCCACAAGCACAGAGAUGCAGGAAACACUAGUAGACAUUGGAUCUUUUUAUUUUCCAAUUGACUGGAUAUAUAAUGUAAAUGAGGUAAGCAACUUUUUGUAGAUUGUAUGUGUGAGAUAAUGUAAUGUUCUUUUCCAGUUUUUGGAUUACAGUUGAAUAUAAUUUUUAAUUAUUUAAAGAAAACAUCUUUACAGAAUAACGUGAUGGGUUUUGUAUAAUGUAUUUGAUUUUGUAAAUAUGUAUUUCCUGAUGUGAUUUUUGUGAAAAUGCUAAAUCUUUUAGUAUAUCAUGUCCUCUCAAAAUUGGCAGGAGCUAAAUAAUAGUUUGUGGGCAAUUUGUAUUGUGUACUGUACAAUAACUGGGGAACUUUUAUAAUUAUAAAAAUAUAUAUUAACUUUUAGUGUGUUGUUUAAACAAAUGACUGGAACAUACUAAAGAUAGUAGGAUUUUUCUGAAUAUUUCAGACUUGAACUCAGGCUAGCUUUCUUGUGUUUUUCAAAACAAAAUUGUGUCUUGUCUUUUAAAAUCAAUAAAUUGGUUUUCUUGUUACAAA